CCAUUCGUGGUGUGCGUUCUGCGUAGAUUGCUUUCGCGCGUAUAUCACCUUAUGAGGACGUUGAUUGGCUAAGCCAGUGACGUGCAGGAUUUCGUGUCGUGACGUCGCGUAGGGCGCUGCAUUGCUCAGCAGCGAAAGUGCACACCCAGAGGUUGCCACUGCCCUCUGCGCAUCGCUGUGAUAUCUAUGUAUAAUCAAGAGCAACACUGAUUUGCCUAUGCCACGUGCACGAUAGGAGACGUAUACACUGCCGUAGUGCGUCUCGUCGUGAACUGCGAUUGAUGCUGCCGGCUUACAAACGAAGCAACCAACACCUUUAUUAAGAAAGAAUGAAAUGAAUGUAACGCAAAAGGAAUCGGUCGCACCGAGCACUUUCGCCACAAGCGCAGCCACUAUGGAAGACGCAGCUCGAGAAUGGGUCGGUCGCUUCGCGGGCAUCGUGACCAUGGCCAGCUUCGUCGGCAGCCUGUCCAUGUCCUGGCGGGUGUGGCGAUCCGGAAGCACAUUCGGCGUCGCCUUCUUGCCCCUGGCCGCGGCCGCCAUCUGCCUACACGCCUGGGUCAUCUACGGGAGAGCCACCGGCGACCCCAACGUGAUGUGGGUGAACACCUGCGGUCUCGUCUUCAUGCUGGUCAACGUGUUCGUGCACCGCCUCUACUCUCGGGACCAAUGGCCCGGCAUGGCCCUGCUGGCGACGCUCGUGGCCAUGGAGGUCGCGUCGCCCGCGAUGAGCGUGGCGUGGCUGGGCAACCUCGCGUUCGUCGCCACCGUGGCCUGCAACGUGGCGCCGGUCGCCCGCAUCAGGACGGUCCCGCUGCCGGAGAUUGCUGCGUGGACGCUCUCCGCCUGCGGUCUCUGGGCCGCGUACGGGGCGCUCGGCCGGGACGUGCCGCUGUUCGCGAGCAACCUGGUCGGCACCGUGGUCGCCGCGAUCGAGCUGGGCGUGGCCGCGUGGAGACGGUGUCGAGGCGACGUGGACGUGCCCGCGCAAAUGGUGUGACGCGUCGCCAGAGAGCACGUGAAUUGGUGCCCUUGAAGGCCUCGGAACAGCAUGCACCCCGGGCUUAGCGCCGCGCACCUGCUGCAUGUGUCACCGAGAACUAUCACCCAGGAUUCCUCGGUUGAUCCGUGCAUUUUCGGCGUUACAUUUUCCCUCAGACACGUUUCCAUAGGAGAAUGGCGCUUUGGAAUCUCCGGGUAUGGAACACAAGAGGCUUCACACACGCGGUUAAACGUAUGACGCACAAGAAGCAUCAGACAAGCAGCCUUACGAACUUGCUGUGCUAUGUAGGAGUCUUGAAGCCAGAAGCUGGAGUAGCACAUAUUGGCUAAUUACAAUAUUUGUGUUUUACUACCCAACGCAGUGUCGCAAAGAUGUCAACAAUGCUCCCGUGUGUAUUCGGUAUUGUGUAAACUGUAAUGUGUGUGUAAUGUGUGCGCGUAACGGUAGCGCGAACUUGCUGCGAACAGCGGAUUUUCCUCAAGAACUUUGGGCAGCCAACCAUGACAUGCCCGAAAGUUGCUAGCGUGUGCGUAGAUCAUUGCAGGCUAAGAUAGUUAGCCAUACAUCUAUUGACGCCUCUUCUCGACAAGUGUAUAUAUUCUGGACGAUGUUUUUAUUGCAAAUAAAGGACUUCGAAUGUUUG